AUGGAGAAAGCAGCAGUAAAGAGCGAGGGUCUCACGAUCCCACUCAUCGACUUUUCCACCUUCCUCAACGGCAACCCAGAACAGCGCAAAGAAACUGCCAAAGCCAUCCUUCAUGGCUUCCAAACGGCCGGCUUCAUUUACCUCAAAGGCCUCCCCAUAACCCCUGAGACGCGCAAGCACGUCUUCAACACCUCAGCCAAGUACUUCCGUCUGCCAACGGAAACCAAAAUGUCACAUUGCUGGACAAGCCCAGAAGCCAACCGGGGCUACUCCGCGCCUGGGCGCGAGAAGACCACCCAACUCACCGACAUGGAGGAAGUGAAGAAACUCCGGGACGCCGCGCCCGAUAUGAAAGAGUCCCUCGAGAUCGGGCGCGAGGGGGUGCCAGACCACCCUAACCACUGGCCUGAGGAAGAAGGGGAACUCAUCGGGUUCAAACAAACGAUGCUCGACUUCCACGACCAGUGCAAGGCAAUGCACACCGAGGUGAUGCGGGCCAUCGCCGUAGGCAUGGGGUUGGAUAACGAGCGGUUCUUCGAUAGCUACACGGAUGCAGGCGAUAAUACACUGCGUUUGCUGCAUUACCCCGAAGUCCGCAAAGAUGUGUUCACGAUCAACCCGGGCCAGGUGCGCGCGGGUGCACAUUCGGACUAUGGGAGUAUCACGCUGCUGUUCCAGGACAAAAGGGGUGGGUUGCAGGUUAGAAGUCCCACUGGGUCCUUUGUGGAUGCUACGCCCAUUGAGGAUACGGUCGUGGUGAACGCGGGGGAUUUGCUGGCUAGGUGGAGCAAUGAUACGAUUAAGAGUACUGUUCAUCGUGUUGUUGAACCACCGAGUGGAGAGGUCGAAGUGUAUCCGGCGCGGUAUAGCAUUGCGUACUUCUGCAACCCCAAUUUCAAGAGUCAUAUCGAGGCCAUUCCUGGGACGUUCACCGCCGAGACUGAGAAGAAGUAUCAAGGAAUCAACAGCGGCCAGUAUCUGGUCCAGAGACUGGGCGCAACUUACUGA